AUGGAAAAUAUCUCCCAGGAAAAUGAAGGGAAGGAGCAAAUUCCUGUGCAUAAUGGAGUGGAAGCCCAACCUUUGGGAGUGGGUGAAGGCCAGGAGCCUGCAGGAAAUAUUAGAGGGGGUCAGGCUGCACCUGUACAGGAGUUAAGGGGGGAUGUGCCCAAUAGGCUUGCAAAUAAUUUUGAUUUGAUAGAUGGAGAUGCAGAUGAUAUGGAACAAUUCAUGGAGGAGAUGAGAGAGUUAAGGAGGAAAAUUAGGGAACUGCAGCUGAGGUAUAGCCUGCGAAUUCUUGUAGGGGACCCUCCUCACCACAACCAUCAUGAUGAGUUUUGCCUUAUGCCUUGA